AUGAAUGGGGGGCUCAGCACUCGCACCAAAAUCGCUGAAUACCAGCAGCGCCUGCCAAAUGAAGUUCUAUCCCACAUUUUCCAUGAAGCACUCCCGCCGUUGCAUGAUAUGGCGCCUUGUUUUGACCGCCUUGACGACCUGUCGCUUUCAUCAAGCCUGCUUGAAGCUCCCCUAUUGUUGACCAAAAUCUGUCGACAAUGGAGAGAUGUUGCCGUGGGGAUGCCUAGCUUGUGGUGCAGGCUGUUAGUGAUAAUAGAAUGCGGAGACUGGCAGCGACGUGCUGUCUUCUACGACACAUGGCUCAAGCGUUCCCAAGGACGUCCAGUCUCAUUGGCCCUCCUGUGGCCCGACUUCACCAGCGACUCGGCCAAGUUACGAAACCUUCUGCAGCCUUAUAUUCAUCAGAUCACAUCUCUCACUGUCGACUUCUACGAUUCCCCGCUGCCAAUUACACCUAAUUUGUUCACAGGCUUCAUAGCCGUCGAGCAGUUGUCUGUACGCAUUGCUGAUGAUAUGGAUGACGAGGUUUCAACAUGUAUUGCAUGCUCUGCAUCUCAACUACCUGCUCUGCGCAGUUUCGAUUUCGAGGCAUCAUAUCGAUUAGGCCUUGGUGACUUGGAGUCUUUUGAUCCCAUGUGGAGAUCUCUAACGAAAGUUUCGCUUGAUGCAAGUACCCAUGACUCCGUUCUGUACUUGCUCCAGGUAGCUCCCGACCUCUCCUCAUUGACGAUUGACACAUACCUAGGGGACGAGGAAAACUUGAAGCCUUUCAUGCACGCCAAACUUCGAUUCUUAUGUCUUUAUGUAGACACGUUAUCUGACCUGCUCGACGCUCUCUCACUCCCCAGUCUACGCACGCUGGAAGUUCAUGGCUUGUCAACCUGGCCUCACGAUGCAUUCAAGGCAUUCCUGGUACGGUCGGGGUGCUCGCUGGAGAGCCUGAUUGUUGGCAGCGCAGUAGCCAUAGCUGAUGAGCAGAGAGCAGAAUACAUCGGCCUUUCCCCCUCCCUCCAAUUUCCAGGGCCAUACGAUAUAGAUUUUGAAAUGUGA